GUGAGAGGUGCUUUCUCCAACCACUGCUCACCCACUGCCUCUCCCCCAAUCUCUCUCUUUCUCUUCCUCUCUCUCUCUCUCUCUCUCUCUCUCUCUCUCUCUCUCUCUCUCUCUCUCUCACACACACACACACACACACAGACACACACACACACACCACACACCACACACACACACACCACAACCGAGACGGGUUCUUCGCAGCUCUGUCACCCCCAAAGGGAGGGAGAAAGAGACAAGCAGCAGAGGAAAGCCUGGAGCAGAAGGGAAAAGAAGAAGAACCCAGGGUUGGACAUUUUUGGUCUAGGGGUGGGGAGGAGAAGGGGAGCGCGCCUCCUGGAUUUUCCCCUCCCCACCCCUCUUUGCUUUUCUCUUCCCUUAGCUGUAUAGCAUUUUCCAGAGAGCAGCACCAGAAGGGGGACAGAAACCUUUAGUGUAGAAAAGGGAUUUGGAAGGGUGGCCAGGGUUCCCGCCAGCCUCGACCUAGCAGCUGGAGCUUGAGGGUGUGUGUAAGAGUGUGAAUGCUGUUCCCUCCCCGUUCUCGUUUUUACACCACCGGGUCAGCUAUCCCUGUGAAUUUCCCGGUGUCCGUUUCGUCCCUUGCUCUUAGUGUGUGUGGCUGGCUUCGUGAAGGGAGUGCAUGUACUUGAAAGGGCUCAGGUUGGGUCAGGGAGCCGGGAGAUAAGAGUAAGAGCAGGGCAGGGGCACGCUUAGAGCAAAGAGUUGGGGCACGGGCAAAGGCGGAAGGUGAGGAGGUCCAAUCAGUCACAAGGAAGUUUGGAAAUCACUGAAGAGCAAAGACAGAGCCCUGGUAGGAGCCAGUCCUUGCACCCCUUUCUGCACCUUCCCCCUUUCCUCUGUGCUCCACUGCUCAUCCACUAGACAGCUUUCAGGCCCUGGACUGUCCCAGGCGGUUGCUGUUUGCGCACCGCGGACCAGUAAGGCUGGACCACGCGCCCAGGACCACAAACGCCAGAAAACAUAAAUCUGAAAAAAAAAACACACAAAACUCGGACGUGGCUUUCUAAAUUGCUAUGAGCCAUGGCCCAGCUGUACUACAAGAAGGUCAAUUACUCGCCAUACCGAGACCGCAUCCCCCUGCAAAUUGUGAGGGCUGAGACGGAGCUGUCUGCAGAAGAGAAGGCCUUCCUCAAUGCUGUGGAGAAGGGGGACUAUGCCACUGUGAAGCAGGCCCUGCAGGAGGCCGAGAUUUACUAUAAUGUCAACAUCAAUUGCAUGGACCCACUGGGCCGCAGUGCCCUGCUUAUCGCCAUUGAGAAUGAGAAUUUGGAGAUCAUGGAGUUGUUGCUGAACCACAGCGUGUAUGUGGGUGAUGCAUUACUCUAUGCCAUCCGCAAAGAAGUGGUAGGCGCUGUGGAGCUCCUGCUCAGCUACAGAAAGCCCAGUGGAGAGAAGCAGGUUCCUACUCUGAUGAUGGAUACACAGUUCUCUGAGUUCACACCAGACAUCACUCCCAUUAUGCUCGCUGCCCACACCAACAACUAUGAAAUCAUCAAAUUGCUUGUCCAAAAGCGAGUUACUAUUCCACGACCCCACCAGAUCCGCUGCAACUGUGUGGAGUGUGUAUCAAGUUCAGAGGUAGACAGCCUGCGUCACUCCCGCUCCCGACUCAACAUCUAUAAGGCUCUGGCAAGCCCCUCACUCAUUGCCUUAUCAAGUGAAGACCCCAUCCUCACUGCCUUCCGGCUAGGUUGGGAGCUCAAGGAGCUAAGCAAAGUGGAGAAUGAAUUCAAAGCUGAAUAUGAAGAGCUCUCCCAGCAAUGCAAGCUCUUUGCCAAGGACCUGCUGGACCAAGCUCGGAGCUCCCGAGAAUUGGAGAUCAUCCUCAACCAUCGAGAUGACCACAGUGAAGAGCUUGACCCCCAAAAGUACCAUGACCUGGCCAAGCUGAAGGUGGCAAUCAAAUAUCACCAGAAAGAGUUUGUCGCUCAGCCCAACUGCCAACAGUUGCUUGCCACCCUGUGGUAUGAUGGCUUUCCUGGAUGGCGGCGGAAACACUGGGUAGUCAAGCUUUUGACCUGCAUGACCAUUGGAUUCCUGUUUCCUAUGCUAUCUAUAGCCUAUCUGAUCUCACCUAGAAGCAACCUCGGGCUAUUCAUCAAGAAACCCUUUAUCAAGUUCAUCUGCCACACAGCCUCCUAUUUGACCUUUCUUUUCAUGCUUCUCCUGGCUUCCCAGCACAUCGUCAGAACAGACCUCCAUGUUCAAGGACCUCCCCCAACUGUUGUGGAAUGGAUGAUAUUGCCUUGGGUUCUAGGUUUCAUUUGGGGGGAGAUUAAGGAGAUGUGGGAUGGUGGAUUCACUGAAUACAUCCAUGACUGGUGGAACUUGAUGGACUUUGCAAUGAACUCUCUCUACCUGGCAACUAUUUCCUUGAAGAUUGUGGCCUAUGUCAAGUAUAAUGGUUCUCGUCCAAGGGAAGAAUGGGAAAUGUGGCACCCAACUCUGAUUGCAGAGGCACUCUUCGCAAUAUCCAACAUUUUAAGUUCCUUGCGACUCAUAUCCCUGUUCACAGCCAACUCCCACUUAGGGCCUCUGCAGAUCUCCUUGGGACGUAUGCUGCUUGAUAUCCUCAAAUUUCUCUUUAUCUACUGCCUGGUACUGCUGGCUUUUGCCAAUGGACUGAACCAGCUUUACUUUUACUAUGAGACCAGAGCUAUCGAUGAGCCUAACAACUGCAAGGGGAUCCGCUGUGAAAAACAGAACAAUGCCUUCUCCACGCUCUUUGAAACACUUCAGUCACUCUUCUGGUCAGUAUUUGGCCUUUUGAAUCUUUAUGUGACCAAUGUGAAAGCCAGACAUGAGUUCACCGAGUUUGUGGGAGCUACCAUGUUUGGGACAUACAAUGUCAUCUCCUUGGUGGUGCUGCUCAACAUGCUCAUCGCCAUGAUGAACAACUCCUAUCAGCUUAUCGCUGAUCAUGCUGAUAUUGAGUGGAAGUUUGCAAGAACAAAGCUCUGGAUGAGUUACUUUGAUGAAGGUGGUACCUUGCCACCUCCUUUCAACAUUAUCCCCAGCCCCAAAUCGUUUCUCUACCUUGGUAACUGGUUCAACAAUACCUUCUGCCCCAAAAGAGACCCUGAUGGUAGACGAAGGAGGCACAACUUGAGGAGCUUUACAGAACGUAAUGCUGAUAGCCUCAUACAAAAUCAACAUUACCAGGAAGUUAUCAGGAAUUUAGUCAAAAGAUAUGUGGCUGCUAUGAUAAGAAAUUCCAAAACAAAUGAGGGGCUAACAGAAGAAAAUUUCAAGGAAUUAAAGCAGGACAUCUCCAGCUUUCGAUAUGAAGUACUUGACCUCUUAGGAAAUAGAAAGCACCCAAGGAGAAGCUUUUCAACUAGCAGCACUGAACUCCCUCAGAGGGAUGAUCCCAAUGAUGGUAGUGGUGGGGCUCGGGCCAAAUCCAAGAGUGUUUCUUUCAGUUUAGGCUGCAAGAAAAAGGCCUGCCAUGGGCCACCUCUCGUCAGAACCAUGCCAAGAACCACUGGUACCCAAGGGAAGUCAAAAGCUGAGUCAUCAAGCAAACGUUCCUUCAUGGGUCCGUCUCUCAAGAAACUGGGUCUCCUUUUCUCCAAAUUUAAUGGUCAUAUGUCUGAACCCAGUGCAGAGCCCAUGUACACAAUUUCUGAUGGAAUCAUUCAGCAGCAUUAUAUGUGGCAGGACAUCAGAUAUUCACAGAUGGAGAAAGGGAAAGCAGAGGCCUGUUCUCAAAGUGAAAUCGACCUCAGUGAGGUAGAAUUAGGUGAAGUCCGAGGCGCUGCUCAGAGCAGUGAAUGCCCUCUAGCCUGUUCCAGCUCUCUUCACUGUGCAUCCAGCAUCUGCUCCUCCAAUUCUAAACUGUUAGACUCCUCGGAGGAUGUAUUUGAAACUUGGGGAGAGGCUUGCGACUUGCUCAUGCACAAAUGGGGUGAUGGACAGGAAGAACAAGUUACAACUCGGCUCUAAGUCAAAUCCCCAUCAUCUAGUCUGGAAUUCAAGAGAAAAUUUGUAAUUUCCUUGUUCUCAGUGGUGACACAGGAUAUGAUUCCUUCACUGCCCCCCAAUGUCUUUUAUAGCUACAUUGUCCAUAUUUUGUUUUAUUAUUCUUAUGAUUUGCCUUUUUAUACAGAUACACACUAAAUCCAUCUCACUACCAACUGAAGGGGUAUUUCCCCUAAUCAGCAGAGGUGCAGUCGGGUGCUUACCCCUUUGCUUUGCUGUUCUUUUCUAACCCUUGCUUCCUUGAAGCUCCAGGUGCCACUUUGCUACUGUAGCUGCAGCACAGAUUCCUGAGUUUCCUCAGGAUCUCACGCUAUCUCCUCACAGGGUUGAGAGAUGUGGUGAGCAUUUCCCACCAGCUGUCAGAUAAGGCAAACUAACCUGCCUAUCUUUGUUGCCCUGCAGUGCUAUACUCUGCCCAUGCUGGUUCAAUGAACAGCACCAAAGGGAGACUAAACAGACUCCAAAGAACUAUCAGCUUGUGGUAUUCUAGGUAGAAAGGAUGUUUUUGCUUUGUUUUGAAACACGACUUCUAAUUGUGGGGGCUGUUGAGUUCUUAUUUCUUAAAAGAUAUGUCAGUUUCUUAAUCUGUGCCAAUGAUAUAUUUAUCCUAUAGUAUAUGUCAUAUCUAAUAAGUUAGGUGACUUCCUUUCCUGUGUUUGUGUAUUUCAGUUAAUUUACUAUAUUUUUUAAAUUUUGAGAGUAUUGAAAUUAGUAUUUAGGAUGUGUACUGUUUAUGUUUUAAAAAAAAAUUCUACGCUACUAUAACCAAUAGUUACUACAUCUCAUGCAUUGGCAAGAAAAAAAAAACAAUUAUCUGGUUAUUUAUAGGGUCCUGCCUACUGUUGAUAGUUUUAAUCAUCAUUGCUAUCAAGGAAUUUCUAAGACAAAAGCCUGGACUUAAAAUCUUUUUUUAAUUAGGUAAAAGACAUUUUCCUGAGGUGUGGGAACAUGAAAAAGAGCAUCAACAAUUUAAUCAAUUGAUUUCUGGAUCAAAACAAUGUUAAGACUAGAUAACCAAGUUGAAGUUAUAGUAUAAAUAUUCAUUGGGGACAGUGGAACUGCAUGUGCACCUUUGUUAGAUAUAUAACUUAAUAACCCUAAUGGGAUUCAUGACACUAUACAUGCGAUCUAAAUUCUACUAUCUUCAAAGAAAUCAGCAUUUACAUAUCUCAACUAUUUCCAACAGAUUGAGAAUAAUUAAUCAAAAUACAAAGGUUCAAAUUAAAAAUGAGUUAGAAUGCAUAUGGUAAUCAUUUUAGACCUGAUAACAACCUGCUGAGCAAGGGUGCUUUUUUAAAAUCAACAUUAACAAAAUUUUCCUCAAUAUAGAGUCUAACAUUACCUGAAACAGCCAUAUGCUUGCUCUUGGCGAUUAAAGGUAUGCCAGAAAAGUAUAAGAAAAUGAGUUGGGCAUCAUCUGUUUUUAUGUCAAGAGAAACAAGAAUCUAUAAAUUCUUAUGUGAAAUUUCUGGUGCAAGUGAAAUGAGGAAUUUUUAAACAAUGCAGGUGUGCCUUGAUACUUGCUAUCAACAGUGUAGUCUGCUACUUGAACUGAUUCCCAUCUCUAUUCUUUCCUUAGCAUUAGUGAAUCAUGGCCAAAGUGUGUUCUGUAGAAAAGGGAUAAUUUGGGGUAAGGGGUAAAGGCAGCAGGAUGAGGUAUUGAAGAAUAUAACUGCCAUCAAUAAGCUGUGUCAUGACCCAUGUGGCAAAGUUUUGUCCCAUAAUAAUAUUUGGUAUCAUGUGAAGUUUUCAUUUAUUCAAAUCUCAUUUCUUCCUACUUCACUGAGACUAUCAUUAGCAAUUGUAACACUAGAUAUGGUUUCUAGAGAGCUUCUAUAGUUAGAUUCAAUUUUUCUAAUUGUCAAAUCCACUCAGAAUAAUAAAUGAACUUGAGCUACACUCCAAGAUCACACUGAUGGCACAACAUAGCCAAUAUGUAACUUUUUUCAAAACAAAAACAUAUUUUUCUCUAGGUAUAAUUGCAUUAACAGCUGCUUUAUUAGUUUGUCAGAAAACAAGGGUAGCCAGGCAUGGAAACAUGAUCCAAUACUCCAGACUUUUGUCAGUUUUGUUCUAGAGAGAAGUAUAUAUCAUAAUGCCCAUACUAGAGACUCAUGCCAGAUUUCUUAGGAGUAUAUUCUUUUGCAGAUCUCCUCAGGGUUAUCAUCCUUGUGAAUUAGGCUUAAGACUCCACUGGCUAUGUUGACACCUUGUUUAGGUUGGGAAUUGAGGCUAAUUAGCUAUUAUCCUAACUUACACAUUGGCAAUAUCACCAUUUUUCAACUCCAAGCUAAUAGUAAAUAGGGAGGGGAAAGACGUGUGUGUUCACUUUUCUACCUUAUCAAUGAGAGACUGUUUAAAAACAUAUCAAGGCCAAGGAGGGGUGUUCAGAGUUACAGCUCUUACCUAAUACGCAGGCCUCAGAUCUAUCCCCAGUAUCAUUUGAAAAAAAUGGCAUUUCCAACCAAAAUUCUUAAGAAUGUCCUCUGACCACAGAGCAAGUAUAAAGCAAGUUGAAGUAACUUUAUGAACGAAAAAAGAAUCAUGGAAAGUAUCAACUGGAUUCCCACCUCACUCAUAUUUUACAAACAGAAAGAGGGUGUGGAGAGAUGAGAAUAUGAAAUAUACAGGUCACAGUGCUGAUCAAUAAACCCAAAUCUUCUAGAACUUAGAGAUAUUCUAAGUGUGUGUGUGUGUGUGUGUGUGUGUGUGUGAAAGAGAGAGAAAAUAAAACAUCCACCACAGAAAUAAAACAUUUUUCCAUGUGCCUAAAUUUGGUGAACUCCAAAUACUUCCCACUGACAUUUAAAUGUAAAUUAAAACUGUACUGCAGGGCUAGAGAGGUUGCUUAGUGAUUAAGGUACUUGCCUGCAAAACCUAAGGACUCAGGUUAGACUCUCCAGGUCCCACAUAAGUCAGAU